UCUUAGCACUUCCACGUUGCAUAUACAUUAUACAAUGUCUUCAACAGAAAAACCAGCAGCGGUCUCUGUCCCAAAUGUGGUCCUACAAUCAUCAUUCAACAUGCCGGUGAUCGGCUUUGGAACUGGCUCCGAAGCAAACGACAACGACACCAUCAAAGCAGCGGCCAUUGAGGCCAUCAAGCUCGGUUACAGGCACUUUGACACCGCUUCCAUCUAUGAUUCCGAACAGCCUCUCGGAGAAGCCUUUGCUGAAGCCCUUCAACUUGGCCUCAUAAAUUCCAGAGAUGAACUUUUCAUCACUUCCAAGUUAUGGCUCUCCGAUAAUCAUCCUCAUCUUGUUCUCCCUGCUUUACAAAACUCACUCCAGAAUCUUGGAUUAGAAUACUUGGAUCUUUACUUGGUCCACUGUCCAAUGAGUGCAAAGCCUGAAAUAAGAAAAUUUCCUUAUAAUGAAGAUGAAUUGGUGCCAUUUGACAUGAAGGGUGUUUGGACUUCAAUGGAGAAAUGCCACAGCUUGAGUCUCACAAAAUCAAUUGGAGUUAGCAACUUCUCUACCAAGAAACUUGAACAUCUCCUCUCUUUUGCUACUAUUCCUCCUGCAGUUAAUCAAGUGGAGUUGAAUACAUCCUGGCAGCAAAAGAAUCUAAGAGAAUAUUGCAAAACCAAGAAUAUUGUGAUAACUGCAUUUUCUCCUUUGGGAGCCAAAGGAGCCAGUUGGGGUAGUAAUGAUGUUAUGGACAGUGAAUUGCUCAAGCAAAUAGCACAUGCUCAUGGUAAAACUGUUGCUCAGGUAAGUCUUAGAUGGUUGUAUGAGCAAGGUGUGACUUUUGCAGUGAAGAGCUACAACAAAGAGAGAAUGAAACAAAAUCUAGAUAUAUUUGAUUUUUCGCUUACAAAUGAUGACUACCAAAAGAUUAAUCACAUCAAACAAGAGCGAAAACUGAAGAACGGUCCUGCUGCUUUCGAUCUUC